AUGCGCGCCUUUGCAACCCUCUCCCGGACAUGUCUCCAUCACAGCAGCGCGUUUCGCCCUCGGGUCCUCCGCCAUUUCAGCCAUACCCUUCAUGGAGGCCACAGUAACAAAGGAUUUUCCACAUUUGUGCAAACGUUCCGCCAGACGUUCAAACCGCCGCCAGCGCCUGUAAAAGGCGGGACGAUCCUGCUUGCAGCAUUGAGUCCCGCGGCAUUUGUGUCCAUUGCAGAGGACGAGGAUGACGAAGACCGACAUGGCUUGACGCAUGAGGAGCAGAUGUUGGAGAUGUCUAGACAAGAACUCGCAGAGCAGGUACCGGAUCGUCUGAAAAACUCGACAAAAGUGCGCAGGAAUCUAUGGAGAUUUCUAGAUACGUGGAUUGUUGAGCCCUUGGCUACUGGUCUGCGCUUUCUACACCUGGUGAUCAUUUUCGUGCCGGUAAUCGCUACUGUACCUGUUAUUUGGUUAGGCGCCAGGGUUUUGGAGAGGGACAACGAAAGGAGUGGAACUUUGUGGUGGUAUGCAUUUCUAGUAUCGUCGAUGGAGCGUGCAGGAGCCGCCUUCAUCAAACUGGGGCAGUGGGCCGCGAGCAGAACGGAUGUGUUUCCAAAAGAGAUGUGCGCGAUCAUGUCAAGUCUUCACUCGAACGCGCCGGCGCAUUCCUUGAAGGUUACGAAGCAGACCAUCGAGCGGGCCUUUGGAAUGCCUUUCGAGGAGAUAUUUGAAGAGUUUAAUGAGCAGCCUCUUGGCGUGGGAGCCAUCGCGCAGGUAUACAAAGCAAAGCUGAAGGCAGACCUCGUAGGCGGAGAGGACGACGGCCUGGAUGUGCCGCAGACUUUGAAAGAAAGGGCAAUGAAGACAGUGGAUCCUCUGUUGAAGAGCACCCCUCAUCGUGUGCCUUCGACAUAUGUCGCAAUUAAAGUGUUGCAUCCUAAGAUUGAGCGAAUAGUCAGGAGAGAUUUGAAGAUCAUGGGCAUCUUCGCGAGCAUGAUCAACGCGAUACCAACGAUGGAGUGGCUGUCAUUCCCAGACGAAGUCGCACAGUUUGGAGAAAUGAUGCGCCUGCAGCUGGACUUGAGAAUCGAAUCUGCGAACCUCUCCCUCUUCAGGAAGAACUUCAGGAACCGCACGACGGCUUGGUUCCCUUAUCCGUACACUCAAUACACAUCCCGGCAAGUUCUCGUCGAAGAGUUCGCCACUGGAAUCCCUCUGGAGCACUUUCUCGAUAAUGGAGGCGGAGUGUUCCAGAAAGAGAUUGCGGACGAAGGUCUAGAUGCAUUCUUACACAUGCUGCUCCUCGACAACUUCAUUCAUGCAGAUCUACACCCUGGCAACAUAAUGGUCCGCUUCUACAAACCUUUAACGCUCAGAUCCCAACGUAGCUCGCAUCCCAAAGCCGCCGAUGUCGAGGGCGCAACUGAUGUCACAGAGGAGGUCCUAGCUCGACUACGACCUCACCGAGGCGACAAACCUUCCUGGCUGUCAACGCUCUCCAAGAUUGACAGCGAAGGAUACCGACCGCAGCUCAUAUUCAUAGAUACAGGACUGGUGACUGAGCUCAACGAGAAGAACCGCGCGAACUUUUUGGAUCUAUUCAAAGCAGUGGCGGAAUUCGAUGGAUACAAAGCUGGCAACCUCAUGGUUGAGCGUUGUCGACAGCCAGAUGCAGUGAUUGACAAGGAGGUAUUCGCACUGAGAAUGCAACAUCUCGUGUUGGGUGUCAAGAGUCGAACAUUUGCGCUUGGAAACAUCAAAAUUGGUGAUAUAUUAAAUGAGGUGUUGGACAUGGUUCGAUCGCACCAUGUAAGGAUGGAGGGUGAUUUCAUCAACGUCGUGCUGAGUAUCCUGCUGCUGGAGGGUAUUGGGAGGAAUCUCGACCCCGAUAUGGAUCUCUUCUCAGGCGCCUUGCCUAUUCUACGACAGCUUGGAGCACAAAGUAGCAAGUCGAUCUUCCAAUCUGGAGACCUUUCGAUGGUGAAAGUCUGGGCAGGAUUGGAAGCCAGAAAAUUCUUCCAGGCCAGUGUUGAGAGCGUGGAGAAGUGCGUAAGGUACGACCAACUGUCACCCAAUCUGUAA